UUCUACUACGUUCCCGAUAUCUGCAACCUACCUGCUAUUGGCGCGUGGCCAGCGUUGCCUAAAGGGCUAGAAGCAGGUGUUGAAGCUGGACUAGUCGACCCGAAAGACGGCAUCGCGUUCACUCUGGCAAAGAUUGCGGCACGGAAGCAUGGCAAGCCGGCGCCCCAGUGGAAUCGGUCGUACAAAGGGUGGAGUAUCUUUCACAAGCCCCAAUCGAAUCCUCGUGGCAAGGAUAGUCAGAGGCAGAAGGUCGCUGAAUCCCACAAGCCGGACCCGAAUGAUGGCUAUCGUGGAUUGAAGCACCAUCCCUCGCUAUCGAACCCGGAGUACUAUGAGGAUUCUCGACGCAACUGGGCGUGGUUCAAGUCGGACUUUUGGAACCAGAUCUCGAAAAUUCUCGAAUCUUGCGACCUUGAUCUGAUCAGCGACUAUCGGCACAAGCAUGCUGUCAGUCUGAAGGCUUGGAAAGGUUGCAGAGACCAGAAGGAACUCGCGGUGAAGGCUACCGAAGAGCUUACGAAGAGCAAAGAAUAUCUUUCCAAAGCUUGGGAUAUUCUUGAAAUCUACGUGAAGGCGUGGCAGCCUCAGCUGGUGAAACUCCCCCCAGGUGUGCUUCAGCAAAUCCAGCAGCGCGAGGCUAAGAGACGUGACGCUGCCGAAGAGCGCAGGCAAGUUCAGCGCAAACCUCAGGGUAAUGUCCCACGUCAAUUUGCCGAGCAACAAGGAUCGUGCGGCUAUGACCCAGUUCCAAAGGACCAACAGAAGUGGUCUUCUCUUGAAACUUGGGACGGGAAGCACCCCACAGUGCCUCCUGAGUCAGAUGCCGAGGCUGCCGCACAAGUCAAAGACUGGGCCGAACACCAAAGAUCGGUCGUGGAUCCGUCAAUGCAUGACGUAGGCUUGGAGCUCCUGAAGCAAAAGUCAAAUGCGGCGACAGACUACCUCCUACAACAGCUUGGCGAAGCCGAUGCCUUGCGAUGCAAGAGGGGAGACAUGACAGUGGAAGAGAAGGCGGAGAGACAGCAAAAGUUCGAGGCAAUAUUGCAGAAUUUGCUCGAGAACAUCCUGUCUCAAACCGCUGACUUGACCUCUACAAUCCGAAACGAGGCAGACGUCGGCCUAGCGAAAGUCGACGUGGCCUACUUCUAUCAGUUGGUCAACCGAAUGACCAAGAAGCAUACUGGUUACGAAGCUGCGGUGCUCGAGGAGAUGAAAAGAGCAUAUGACUCUGAUGUUCUCGCUCUGAUCACAAAAAUGCUGACAGACAACAACGACAUGGCGAAAGAGCACGCGCAGGCUCUUCUCGGCGCGUUCCUUCCUCAGAGAUGGUGCUCUGAAGACAAGAAGGAGGAGCCAGAAAUCCCGCGCCUGGUUUGGUCCAUGGCCGUCGAGACUGAGGCUGCUCGGAACUACUUGGCCAUCGAGAACUCCAGCUGA